AUGGACCAUCCGUCUGUCAAGGCAAUCCGUUGCUCAGGCACCUCGUAUGAGAUCGGGCUUCAACAUGGUAGAGGUGCUGCCGCUCAAGUCCAUGCCAACAUCAACACAUAUACCGGAUUCUUUGAGGAGACUGCUCAGAUUUCGUGGCCGGCAGCACGAGAACGUGCUGUGGGCCAAUUCGCACCGACCCUCAAAGCCAGGUAUCCUGAGAUUCUCAAUGAGAUGAGAGGUAUCGCUGAUGGCGCGGGGGGUGGCCUGACAUAUGAAGAUAUUCUAGCCCUCAACGUGCGCAGUGAGAUUUCACUGACCAACUACGCCGACGGUUGUACCUCGAUCAGCCAGAUUGGAGAGGGAGGCAAGAUAUUCCUAGCCCAAAACUGGGACUGGCUCGAGGAACUUCAAAGAGGCAUGGUUUUUCUGCAUGUCAAGCCUCGAGGAUCAGAUAUUGCAUUCCAGUUCCUGGGGGAGGCAGGCAUUGUAGGCAAGAUCGGCAUGAACAGUGCGGGUUUCGGGCUCUGCAUGAACGCUCUCCGAUCUGGCGCUUUUGACAACCUCAAACUGCCAGUCCACAUCAUGUCCCGGCGCCUGCUGCAGUAUGCCACAAGCGUCGACGAGGCAGUUGCAAUUAUCGAUGAGUUUGGCUUGGCCAGCACGUCCAACUACAUGUUUGCCGACAAGUCUGGUAAGCAUCUCGACAUCGAGUGCUCGCCAAAAGGGAACACAGUGAUAUUGCCCUGCAAUGGAUAUGUGGCACACACAAAUCAUCUGUACGGUGCGGAUCGACCUGCUAACUUGGUGGAUCAUCCUGCUCCCAAUUCGAUCACACGCCUAGCUCGCAUGCAAAAGUUGACUGACGAAGAUUUGAACACAAAUGUUCCAACGACAUUUCGAUCCUUCCGUGAGAGACUUUCAGAUGAAGAGGGAGCGCCAUUUUCGAUUUGCAGGGAUAGGCCUCCCGGAGCGGCGGGAAUGGAAAGAAUGACCACGCUCGCGUGCAUCAUGAUGGAGUUGACGAGCCGCACAGGGAGAGUGUUGAUUGGUAGGCCCUGUGAUGCUCUACCAGUAGUAGAAUGGUCAUUUCAGUAG